AUGAGUUCCGACGGAGGGGGCCGCCCCGUGAAGGUGGGCUCUCUGGUGGAGGUGAUCGGGAAAGGCCAGCGCGGGACAGUGGCAUACAUCGGGACCACCUCCUUCGCCUCUGGGAAGUGGGUCGGGGUCAUUCUGGAUGAGGCCAAAGGGAAGAACGAUGGCACCGUGCAGGGGAAGCGCUACUUUACCUGUGAGGAGAACCACGGCAUUUUCGUCAGGCAGUCACAGAUUCAGCUGGUUGACGAUGGAGCUGAUACAACCUCUCCAGAAACCCCAGAGCCUAGUGUUGGAAAAGUCCCCAAACGAGAAAUCUCAGAUGCAUCCAAGUCAAAAGUGACUGCGACCAGAAAGCCGAAGCAGCCCAGUCGUCCCGCCGGCUCCAUGGGGAAAGGCGCGGCGUCUGGCUCAGCCUCUGCAGGGGAGAUGAGCAGCAGUGAGGCCAGCACACCGGCACAGACGCCCCUGGCUGCUCCGGUCAUCCCCACGCUCCACUCCCCCGGGAACCCACCUGCUCCUGUCCCCAGCAAGUCAAAAGAUGGCAUUGUGGCCCUUGCUGACGGGAGAAUGGACUCACCAGGUCAUUCUGCAACCAUGCAAGCAGCCGAGAAGAGUUCAUGGACAUUUGGCGAGGUGUACUGCACCAUGUUAGUGGCGUGCAUGAGUGGGACCUGGAUCGUGCUGAACCGCAGAUGGCUGAAGGAUGUGGAGAAGUUCCUCACAUUUCGCGCGCUGGCCAGCACUUUAUACAGAGAGACAGGUCCUGGCAGAAUUUAA